AUGGUAAGAAGACAAAGAAAUGUUUUUCUGGCAUUAAUACUGGCAUUCCUAGUAGCUGUAGCAAUUGCAGUUGGUAUAUUCCUAGCGGUGCGGUACACCGCCAAGAAGAAGAGAGUAAUGGAGGGAAUUCCAUGCGUGUUGAGGGGAGACGGUAUAGAUUGCUUUAUGAUAUCUGUCAUACAAGCUUUAUACAAUUUAAAACAGUACAAGCGAUUUUUAGAAAAUAUAAAAUCGGAUGAUAAAAAAAAUGUGGAAUCAAUUUUGAAGUCAAUAUGGAAGGACAUGGAGGCGAAAAGGGGAAGUAACAUGAGGAUUGAUGCGUAUAGAGAGGACCUUCUUGCUUGUAUAAGAAAACAUCCCUCAAAUACUGGUGUUCAAUUGGAAACAAGAAGACAAAACGAUGCGGAUGAGUUCCUUAGGGGUGCACUAAAAGCUAUAACAAAUGAGGAAAGGGCAAAAGAAUAUUUUUGUUUUAGAAAGAAUGUUUUUGGCGUUGAGAACCCGUUUAAUUACGAUGGUUAUUACGAUCUAGCAUUCAUACCGUUUAAAACAGGUGGAAGCAAUCAUCAAACCAGUGUUAAUGAAGUUCUCCAGGGCAAAGACAAAACACACAUACCAAGGAUAUGUUGUGGUAUCGGUACAGAAAAUGCUUCGGGAAUAUACCCUGCUCAAAGCAUAGAAGUGUUUGGAAAGAGAUUUUUGCUGAUGAGUGCUGUCUAUUACAGCGGAAGUGGUGACUUAGGACAUUACUUUGCGGUGUAUAAGGAUGGUAAAAUUUAUCGUAGAGUCACAUUUGGAAAUUGUGAUAAAGUGGUGUUGGAGAAUAUCAGCUCUAACAAUAGCAUGCGUCUUGCUUUUUAUGAAUAGGAGUUUGAACAUAAGAAAUGACACAAAAUCAAAGCCAUGGCAACAAAAGUGCAUAACUACGAGAAGACAUAUUUAUGGAUAAAAUACGCAUUUUGAAGGAUUAUUGUUUUCAUACCUUCUACGUAUACAUGAAUGGCAUCUGUGUCUCACCUGGUACCGUUCAAUCCUUGAUAUCUCUGCUUAAUAUCUCAUAAUUAUUAUAUACGGUGAUGUUUCUGCACAGUCCGUCAACCAUAAGCGUGUUACAUCAGAAAGUUUUCUUCAGACGGAUGUUUUUGAACACAGCUUCGAUCUAAGCGUGUUUUACAGCAUCCCAGAUGGUAUUUAAUUCUGGCCUAGAAAUACGUUUACUAUUACUUCACACUCAACUUCCUAAAUAAACGCAAGAUGGUUGUCUGAUUUGAAGACCUCUGAUGGGCGGUCAACCGCAGCAUUGUCAUCCCCACGAAGAUCGUGUGUACACCCC